CAUCACACAGACGCACACGAGCUUGCAUCUAUCAUCUGUCUGUUUUUUUUCCUCCAGCCCUGCACCAGCCAAGAAGCAAGAGCUGCAGGAGCAGUAUUUUUCUGUAGCGUAUGCACCACUCAAAUAAACCAAACCAGUUUUGGGACUGAAAGCGAGAUAGAGUGAGAGGAGGAAUCUUUGACUCACACUUACGAGCCUUUCAAAAUAUCCGUAUGUGACUGUCUUGUUGCGAACACACACACACGCACACGCACACGCACACGCGCACACACACAAACAUUCUCUUAUAGCCUCACCUCUGCCCAAAAGGAUUAUCUCAUGGUUGUCUGUCUGUAUUUCUGACCAUACCGCCGGGAGGGUAUAAGGGAGAAGGAUCUUUUUUUCCCAGAAUCUGGAUUUGGCACUGAGGGAUCCAAUAUGAUCGCAUUUUGGAGGUGGCGUGGAGCCGCUGUGAUGACUCUUUGGGUAUUUUGUUGGCUUUUGCUGGGGCUUUGGAGGCUCACCGACGCUUGUCCUUCUUCUUGUACGUGCAGCAGCAGCAGGAUCUCAUGUAUCGAGCAGGAUCAAGGGAUCGUGGCUUUCCCAGUAUUAAGUUCUGCUAUAGAAAUGGAAAAUAUUACUGAAAUAUACAUUGCAAAUCAAAGCCAGUUACGCGCCAUCAAUGACAUUGACGUGGAGACGUACUUGGGCCUGAGAAAUUUAACUGUGACAAAUUCUGGACUGUCUUACGUGUCCCGUCGGUCAUUUCAGAAGACUCCCAAUCUUCAAUAUGUCAACCUAAAAAACAAUAAAUUAUCAACGUUAUCUUGGAAGACCUUCAGGAAUUUAAACUUGGCAUAUCUGGUACUUGCAGGAAAUCCAUUCCAGUGCUCUUGUGAUAUUCAGUGGAUCAAACUGUGGCAAGAGAAUGAAAUGGCCAGUCUGGAAACUCAGAAUCUGAUGUGCAAAGAUGACAGCAAUAGGAAGUUCUUACUACAUGAAAUGCACAUUCCGGAUUGUGUGAUGCCUACAUCUAGUAUAAGCCCUUCUAGUGUUACCUUAAUGGAAGGAAGCGACAUCACACUUGAAUGCAGAACCUCUGGAAUUCCUUCUCCAGACGUAAGCUGGUAUCUAGGCAACUUGGUCACAAGUUAUCAGCAGCAGUACAACCUAAAGCAACACUAUACAACGCUCAAGAUGAUAAAUGUUUCUUCCAAUGAUACUGGAAAAACAGUGUUGUGUAUUGCAGAAAAUAUUGUGGGGGAAAAUGAGUCUUCAGUUAUUCUGGUUGUGCAUUUUCCACCAAAAAUAACAUUUUUAGACCAGGCAGUACUGGACCACCACUGGUGCAUUCCAUUCAGUGUAAGAGGGAACCCAAAGCCAAAGCUAAUUUGGUUCUAUGAAGGGUCUGUUUUAAAUGAGACCGACUUCAUCUGGACUAGUAUUCACAUUGCCUAUGACAGCGAACACCACGGCUGCCUGCAACUAGAUAGCCCCACUCAUCUCAACAAUGGCCAAUACACUCUGCUGGCAAAGAAUGACUAUGGGACAGAUGAACGUACUGUUUCUGCUCAUUUUAUGCAAGACCCAUGUAUAGAUUGCACAGAACCUCCUUAUUAUGACUAUACCUCGGAUCCCGCACCCACCAAUGUUCCAGAUGUGGAACCAGACAGCGUUGCUGUGUAUGUAGUGGUGGGCAUUGCUGCUAUGGCAUUCACAGGAUUUGUGCUGAUGUUGAUCGUACUGAAAUUCGGAAGAAACUCCAAAUUUGGAAUUAAAGGAACUUCUUCAGUGAUCAGCAACGAUGAUGACUCAGCCAGCCCUCUGCAUCACGUGUCCAAUGGCAGUAACACCCCCUCUUCAUCGGAAAUGGGUUCUGAUGCCGUCAUCAUUGGAAUGACGAAGAUUCCAGUCAUUGAAAACCCCCAGUAUUUCAGGAGCACUAACAGCAUGCUGAAGUCUGACACUUUUGUCCAGCACAUCAAGCGCCACAACAUUGUCCUGAAGAGGGAGCUAGGAGAAGGGGCCUUUGGGAAGGUGUUCCUGGCAGAGUGCUACAACCUCUGUCCGGAUCAAGACAAAAUCCUGGUGGCUGUCAAGGCCCUGAAGGAGGCCAGUGAAAAUGCCCGUAAGGACUUUCACCGGGAAGCUGAGUUACUGACCAACCUGCAGCAUGAGCACAUUGUGAAGUUCUAUGGUGUUUGUGUAGAGGGGGAUCCUCUAAUCAUGGUCUUUGAGUACAUGAUGCAUGGAGAUCUUAAUAAGUUCCUCAGGGCUCAUGGUCCCGAUGCCGUGUUAAUGGCAGACGGUCAGAAUAAUCACCCUGCUGAGCUGACCCCAUCUCAGAUGCUGCACAUCGCCCAGCAGAUUGCAGCGGGCAUGAUGUACCUGGCAUCUCAACACUUUGUGCACCGUGACCUCGCAACCAGGAACUGCCUCGUUGGUGAAAACCUGCUGGUGAAGAUUGGGGACUUUGGGAUGUCAAGGGAUGUGUACAGCACUGACUACUACCGGGUAAGUGUUGGGGGUCACACCAUGUUGCCGAUUCGCUGGAUGCCUCCAGAGAGCAUUAUGUACAGGAAGUUCACUACAGAGAGUGAUGUCUGGAGCCUGGGUGUAGUAUUAUGGGAAAUCUUCACCUAUGGCAAGCAACCAUGGUACCAGCUUUCAAACAAUGAGGUGAUUGAAUGCAUCACUCAGGGACGAGUCCUACAGCGACCUCGCAACAGCCCAAAAGAAGUGUAUGACCUAAUGUUGGGCUGCUGGCAGCGUGAACCCCACAUGCGGCUGAAUAUUAAGGAAAUACACAGCCUCCUUCAGAAUCUGGCUAAGGCUUCACCUGUAUACCUGGACAUACUAGGCUAAACUCUCAAGACAGCCCCCCUCCCUGACCUGUGUGGAGUAUGUGUGGAUGUAUGUGUGUGAGAAAGUGUGGCUGAAACUCAGCUCUUAUCUCCGAUGGCAUUAAUGAAGAAGACCAGGAGAGUCUUUUUCAAAGGGCAACCUUCAUAAAUUCUCCAUGUGCAGACGCAUUAUUGACCAGUGUUAUCUUUCUAUUUCUCUUAUCGACCCUUGCUUCUGCUUCAUCAUAACUCUGCAUAGACAAAAAGCCUUAUAUCUGAUUGUGUGCUUGUUUUUCUUCUCUCCGAAGUCCCUCCUAAUCGUCCUCAGUAAUGAAAAUUGCCUUCUCGCAUUCUUGCCUUCGACUGGGAUGAAAAAAGGGAAAACUGACUAUCAGAAUGUAUUGUAAAUAUUCCCCAUUUCCAUGGAUUCAUCUUAACCUUGGCUUUUGGUUUUGAUUCAUGACAUGACUUUUUGUGGUAUACUGUACAAAGUUAAAAGGAAAGAUUGUCCUACUGGCAGUCUCUGAAAGAGUAAUACACCCAAGAAAUCUGCGACAACAACUUUUGGUCUUUUUUUUUUUUGUGAAAUUCAUUACAUAAUGGCUUUGCUUUAAAAAGGAGUUUGAAUUCUUGGCAAAACCAUCUGGAAACUGUUUACCCAAAAUAAUUAACACAUAUAUGAAAAGUAGAAUUGAUAUACAGUUAGAUUCACUGAAAGCUGAAACACCAUUUGACUGCAGUUAUGACCACAAUCUUCAGACAAUCAUUAGAAACUUCAGCUUGGACUAAUGCACAGUAUUCAUUUCAGGGUCAGCCACUGCAGGCGAUGGACUUUCAUAAUACAGCACUUGUAAAUGCCCUGACAAAUUAUCUAAAUAUGUGCUUGUUGUGAUGUGUCUUUUUUGUGUUAAUGCCCCUUAUUUUAUGGAGAAAAAUUAAAUUUUGCAUGGUCUUAAUGGUAUAGUUAAAUACCUUUUGUGGAAAUUAUUGCUUGAAUCUCAUAAUUCUUUACAGUAAAACAAAUCUAGCUAUCCAUAAUGGUGUAACAUAUAUGUAAUUAAGAAAGCUAAUGGGGGUCAUUAGUUGCAGACAAAUGGCUUUACAUUGUUAAGAUAUGAUUUGGAAAGAAAGAAAUUAAUUCCCUGGGGAUGUAGAGAUUGGUUUCAUAAUUAACAUUUCAUCUCUUAUCCUACAGAAGCUAGAUCUUAACACCACACUGUAGUUGCAAUCCUCCUGUCCGUAAUUUGUUUCAUGAAUACACUGCUGCACAAGAUGCAUGGUUACCACAUAAAUCUCUUGCAUACUGACACUUUGGUAUUUCAGCUCAAACAGUAAGAUCUAUUUGGGAUACUUAUUUUCUGUCAGAAAGCUUACUCCUUCUGUGAGAGAACACCAUAAAUAUGUUUGCAGUCAAACUGGUUCAGUAUGUAUUGCAUUUGUAAUAUAUUUCUGUUUGUGAUUCUUGAAUGAGCAGAUGGUAAUUUAUUAGUAUUGUUUUAAAGGUUUUUAUUUUGUUUGUUUGUUUUUUCAAAUUUUAUUUUUGAUACAUAAUUUAUUUUUACUAAAGCACUUUUCUCUUAAACUGGUUAAUUUCUUGAUUAUAUAAAAAAAAAACAUGGGACCUAUGAUUAUUAUCUAUCACAUAAUUACUGAUUAAUCACAAAUGUCAAAGAUAAUAAGCAGUAGCUAACAAUUCAUAUCAUAAAAUAAGACCAUAACAUCUGCUGCCUUUACUAAAUAAAAGCACAUUUACAUACAUUAUACAUCAUUUCUUUAGAAAGUGAGUAUUCAGCUGAAGUAUUUCUGAAAAUGUAAAGUUACUGAGAAGUUACUGAUGAGACAAUUUGACUGUAUUUUACUGUAUCAGAACUGAAUUCUUUGUGUAUUUUCUGAUAAUGAAAUGUGACACAGGUACGGUAUUUUUCCUAAUUAUACAAAGUUUAUUGAAUGCUUUAGUUUUAACAAAUGCAGAAUUUAUUUAAACUUAAAACAUGAUGUUUUGACAUGCCCAUUUUAAAUCAAAAAGGGGGCAUUGCCAGAUCACCUGUUUAAAAAAAAAAGAUUCCUUUUUUUGUUGAAACAGUAUUGCGCAACUGGAAUUUAGAAUGUAGAUUAAUCUUUGUGAAAUAUGUAUUUCAAAAGGAAUAGAACGCUGUAACUGCAUUAAAGAAGUCAACCAGACAUAAGUAUAUGUCCCUUGGUGGCUUAUAUGCUGCUGAACCAAGAUGUAACUACAUCUGUAAUUUUAUUUGUAUAAUGUUAAGUUCCUAUCUUUUAUUAGAUUUUGUAUUCCAAAUGUAAACAUUUAAUAAUGCAAAUAUUAAAUUAUUGUUUUGCUUUUUAUUUCAAUGAUAAAAUGACAUUCUGUUUUAUGGAGAAAACAAGAAGAUAACCUGUGAAAAUGCACACACACACACACACACACACACACACACACACACACACACACACACACACACACUUACAAGUGGGAAUAUCAAUUUGAUUGACAGCUACAUUAAUUUUUUUAAGCAUUCUGCAUUAUUAUUAUUAUUAUUAUUAUUAU